GCAUACACACGUGACAGGGAGUCACAAGGACAGUUAUACUUAUGCUAAACAAAUCUCCCCUAAACCCACUCCCCCCUCUCCUCCGCGCAAUCUUCUCGCCGGCGAAACGUAACGGUUAUAUCCCGAUUCCUUACCACCACUUUUUCACCCGAUUAUACCAAAUCUUACACACAUUUAAUUCGCUUUACACUUCUCUCUCUCUAUCUCUCUCUGAAAUCUUCCUUUGAGCUUUUAGAAUUUGUGAUUUGAUCUGAAUUAGGGUUUGAAACUGUGAAUUUUGAUUAGAGGAUGCGAUAUAAUGGUGGCUAACGUGUCUUCUCCAACAAUUACAUCUAACCCAAAGGUAUUAUCACGAGGCCCUCCUCCUCCGGCGAAAGCAAAGCGUGCGCCGUUGGUACCUUCUGAGGCUGAUAACAAUGGUCCUCCUGUUCCACGGCGGCCGAAAUCUAGAGAUGUUAGUUCACGGUACUUAUCAUCUACUGUUUCUUCGUCUUCUAUCUCAACUACAAUGACGUCGACAUCUUCGUCGUCUUCUUUUUCUUCUACAACGACGUCGGCGUCUUCGAAUUCCACGGGUACUCCAAGGAGGCGGUUUCCGUCGCCGUUAGUUUCUUCAGCUAAUCUGAUGACGCCAGCAUCGACGGUGAAUAAUAAGCGACCUCAGUCGGCCGACCGACGUCGUCCUGGGACUCCGCGGAUUGGUGAGAUGUCGACCACCGCGAAGAUGCUAACGUCAUUGCCGGCGAGGAGUUUGUCAGUUUCGUUUCAAGGUGAAUCGUUUGCGCUUCAGGUAAGUAAGUCAUCCAAGCCGGCUCCCACUGGUGCUAAUAUUGGAUCGAGAAAUGGUACACCGGAGAGGAGGGCUUCGACGCCGGUUAAAAAGUCAGUAAAUCCAAAGCCGAUUGAUCAGCAAAGGUGGCCAGCGCGAUCUCGGCAGGGGAAUUUCUUGACCAGGAGUGUAGAUUUCACAAAUGAGAAUAUGAAAUUGAAUGGAUCUGGGACAGCCACUUCUGUUAGAGAUUUACAAAAAUCAAUGAUUAGUGAUUGUGAUAAUUCCGAUCGUACUGUUUCAGAUGCUGAAAGUGUUUUCUCUGGUUCUGGUGGCACUCCAGGUAACAAUAGAGGUGGAACACCUCGUGGAGUUGUGGUGCCAGCUAGAUUUAAGCAGGAAACUGUUAAUCGUCUCAGGAGAGUACAACCGGAGCCCCUUUCACCUCCAUUGUCCCGAAAUCAUAAGCAUCUCAAAGAUGGUCCAACACUAUCCCCACGAGGACUGUCACCUAGUCCAGUUAGAGGAUCUGUUCGACCUGCUUCCCCAAUCAAUCCAGUUAGAGGAGCUCUUCGGCCAUCUUCCCCCGGCAAUUCAGUUAGAGGAGCUCUUCGGCCUUCUUCCCCAAGCAAUUCAGUUAGAGGAGCUGCUAGGCCUUCUUCCCCAAGCAAUUCAGUUAGAGGAGCUGCUAGGCCUUCUUCCCCAAGUAAGAGUGUGCCUACACCAUCAAGGGGUAUGCCUAGUUCAACAAGAUCACGGAACGGAGUAGGGUUUAACAGUAAUUUGGGGAGCACGCCUUCGAUUCUCAGCUUUGCUGCAGAAACUAGGAGAAGUAAGGUAGGAGAGAACGCCAUUGUUGAUGCACAUGUUUUGAGGCUUCUACACAACAAGUAUUUGCAAUGGCGUUUUGCAAAUGCAAGAGCAGAUGCUGCCAUGUCAGUCCAGAGAGUAACUGCUCAGAAAAGUCUAUAUAAUGCAUGGGUGACUACAUCAAAAAUGCGACAGUCUGUCAUCUCCAAACAAAUUGAGAUACAACAGCUGAGGCAUAACUUGAAAUUGCACUCCCUCCUUAAGAAUCAGAUCCCAUAUUUGAAAGUGUGGGAACAAGGUGAGAGAGAUCACUCUCUUUCUUUGUCUGGGACUAUUGUGUCUCUAGAAUCUGCUACCCUUCGUCUUCCACUUGUUGAGGGUGCAAAGGUGGAUGUUCAAAGUUUAAAAGAUGCUAUUUGCUCAGCUGUUGAUGUGAUGCAAGCAAUGGCAUCCUCAAUAUGCUCUUUAGUAAUGAAGGUGGAGCAUGUGAAUGCUUUAGCAUCUGAACUAGCAACCACAGCAACAAACGAAUGUUUCAAGAUUAAUCAGUGCAAAGAUCUGUUGUCAAUACUCACACACUUGGAGAUGCAUAACUGCAGUUUGAGGACACACGUAUUACAACUGCAACGCCUCUUUCUUUGACUGCUUACUGAUAAAUUGCAAACACUACUAACUACUACCACACUGGAAAUUCCUACUUUGCCCCUAUACCACGAUGCCGACUGAUACUUGGGGGAUGGGGUUUUGUGGAAGACUGCGUAACUUUUACUUGUUUUGGAUUUGUGAAAUACGGGUGGGGUGGGGUCAUGUCUUGUCCUGUAUAUGCAUAUAUACAAGCGAUUUCUCUUUUAGUAUAGAAAAUAUAUGUACAUAUGGACUCUGGAGUCUGGAUGGACA